AUGGACACCUUGCGUAAAUAUUUCGGGAAAGGAAAGAACUCCAAGAAAGGAGACAAGACUCUGCGGCACUCUAGAUCGAUGCCGUUGCGAGGCUCCGCCGGGACCAGUCCCGAAUUAUACGCGCACCACCAGAAACCUUCCUUCCAGAGCAAGCAUGGUAAGGAACUGAGGGUCAGCCAGGUCGGCUUUCCCGUUAUCGACAUCGGCCGCGGCCCCAACGCAGGCUUCCUCCACCCUGCAUUCCAGGAUGCGAGCGAUGACGAAGACGCGGCGUUGAAUUUUGAGAGGCCGCGCGAGGUACCUCCACUGUCGGCAAAGGAGAUGCACGACCUGCUUGGCCGGUUCCCUUCUCCCCCCUCUAUAUGGGAUCAGCCUUCGAAGAUGAGCUUGGACUGGAGCACUGGCGAAGGGCUCAGGCCCAGCCCUCCGCGGCGCAAGCGUCGCGGUGAUCACGAGAAACACAGCGGUGGCGUCCAGCCUCGCUCGACUCUUGACACCCGGUUCACGGGCGCGCAGAUGGCCUACCCCGACCCCGUCCGGCAGCUCGUCGUGCCCGACAGACCGCCGUUGAAGGUGCACAAGCCGGGAGCGAGGAGCCAGGACGAGGGCGACUAUAUCUCACAGCGCGCAAACAGCAUCAUGCGCCACGCGAACUUAUCCACGAAGAGUCUGGACCCGAACAUGGUCUUUGGCCCGAACGAACGCAUGAAGCAGGGUCCGGUGGCACAUAACCCGGUCGUGCAAAAGCAGAAGCAGCACAUCUCGCAUGCCAUGCCGCUGCAGCCGCGUCCACGCUUGCCGUCGAACAUGUCUAUCAGGUCUGUCAUGGAGGCUACUGUUGGACCGCCGUCUGUUCGUCGCCACCAGAGAAUGGAGUCGAAUGGGUUUGCGAGACAACGCCUCGUUUCGAACCCCCACAGCGUCAAGGCUCAAGUUGGUGUGCUUGGGCAUUACGCCGAGCCUGCCUCAACCCAACUAGCUCAGAUGCAGCACAGACGCACCGAAUCCAGCUCCUCGCGUAUGAGUGAACGGCGUCUCCGCUGA